UCCUCACCCUGUUCUUCAUCUCAGACAGACUGAACCAGAACAUGAGUGUGCGUUUGGAGGAAGAGGAGGGUGACACAGAGUCUGAUCCCAGCUGUCUGUCUCUGAGGAGUGACUGGUCUAAAGAGCUUCCUCUAAACUUCAGACAUGAACCUGGACCCUCAGACACAGAGUCUGAUACCAGCUGUCUGUCUCUGAGGAGUGACUGGUCUAAAGAGCUUCCUCUAAACUUCAGACAUGAACCUGGACCCUCAGACACAGAGUCUGAUCCCAGCUGUCUGUCUCUGAGGAGAGACCGGUCCGAAGAUCUUCCUCUAAAGUUCAGACAUGAACCUGGACCCUCAGACACAGAAUUUCAGUUCAGCAGACUGAGAGCUGAGUCUCCUGAUCCCAGCUGUCUGUCUCUGAGGAGUGACUGGUCUAAAGAUCUUCCUCUAGUCUUCAGACAUGAACCUGGACCCUCAGACACAGAAGAGAGGGAGAGGAGUCCUGAUCCUGUGGAGGAUCAGCCCUCCUGCUGUGCUGUGUGUCUGGACCUCCUGACGGAUCCAGUCUCUGUCAGAUGUGGACAUUGGUUCUGCAGACAGUGCCUCACCUCAUACAGGGACCAGUCUGGUUCAUCAGGAGACUCCAGCUGUCCCCAGUGUGAAGACAAUACCAGACCAAUAUCCGGACCGCAGAAAGCCGGUCAGACCAGCAGUGAAACCACAGAUCGUGGUCUGCAGAGGGUUUUAGAGGAACAUAAGACCAGUCUGAGGAGGAGAUGUGAGCGUGUGAGUGAAGGAAGUGAGGAAACAGGAAGUAGAACCCUCCUCAACAGGAUCUACACUGAGCUCUACAUCACAGAGGGACAGAGUGAAGAGGUGAACACACAACAUGAGGUGAGACAGCUGGAGACCACCUCCAAGAAGAAGACCCUCCAGGACACUCCCAUCAAGUGCCAGGACAUCUUCAGAGCCUUACCCGGUCAACAGAAACCCAUCAGAGUGGUUCUGACAGUCGGCGUCGCUGCACAAAUCAAGAAGAACGCUUGCAUCAAGAAACCUCUUAUCUCCAACGUAAUGUGUCCCAACUACAUGUAUUUAUGA